AUGACUAAUAGCUGGUUGUUCAUCCUCAUUUCCGUUGAUCUCAUCGUUUCAUUGGUGGUCAGAUCGGUGACCACUCCAUUUGGAGUUCUUAAUGGAAGGACUGUAGAUGUGGGAGGGGAUCUUCCGGCCGUCACGCAGUAUCUGGGGGUCCCUUAUGGAGUCUCCCCUACCGGUCAGGUAAACAACGAUGACGUCUUUCAAGUCAUCUAAUUACAGUAUCGUUUUAAUAUGGCGAUAUCAGCGGCCAAAUGGACCCACCAGCCAAAAGAUGCUACAAAAAUGGCCCCAGUUUGUGUUCAAUCAGGGUUCAAACACAUGUCCGAGACAGAGUAACUUGGCGGUAUUAAAAAUAAAAUAAUUUCAUUUUUAGAGCUUUGAAGAAAACUUCCGCUCAACGCUUUGAUUACGUUCACCGGGUAUUACCAUAUCUCAAACCACAAUCAGAAGACUGUCUAUAUCAGAAUAUAUACGUCCCAGAGCGCUUAGGUACGUUAAAAAGUCCAAUUUAGUUAUCAUUAAUUGCAGGCGACUCAUCUCAACUCGCAGUUCUUGUUGUAAUUCACGGUGGAGAGUAUGGCUGGGGGACUGGGAAUGUGAUUAACGGGUCCAUGUUAGCGGCUUCUGGCCAAAUAAUAGUUGUUACUUUAAACUACCGAUUGGAUGUUUACGGUGAGUGAUUUCUUCUCCUUAAGGUUUUUUUUUAGGAUUUCUGAGUAAAUGUGAAUCCUCCAGUUGCACUGGAAAUGCUGGAUUAACAGAUCUGGUGGCGGCCCUAAAGAUGUUGAGUAAGAUCCUUCCUUCGUUCGGCGGGGACCCUCAGGCAGUGACUUUGAUGGGAUGGGGAUCCGGAGGGGCCUUGAUCUCGUUGCUGAUGGCAUCCCCCAUCACACAGCCAAAUAAUAGACUCUUCCGACGUGCUGUUAUUUUGGACGGAACGGCAUUAGCACCAUGGGCGCUAAGUGAUUACCCGCAGCAAUAUUUCAUGAGAUUGGCAGUUGAAUUAGAGGUAAUGUGAUGCAAGGCCAACGUUAAAAAUUUAUUCAGUGUGCGGAGAAUAAACCAAACAGUGCCGGGGAUUCAUUCAACAAAGAAACUGCAAAAAUUCUCAGAUGUAUCCAGGAACAUGGGCAGAUCAAUCUAACAACGGCGGCCCAGAAGAUCAAGGCCCCUACUUUCACAUCUGGCUUUGCCCCGAUCGUCGAUGGGCAGGUGGGUGAUAUAAUUUUUCCUUAUUCAUGGUUUAGGUGGUUCCAAAUCAUCCUCGAUUCAGCUUUAGUCCCAAAUUUGGGAGCUUAUUCAGAGAUAUUGAUCUCUUGGUUGGAACUGUAACAAAUCCAGCCCAUCAUCUUCUCUCCAGUGAAGAUCUAAGUUACGGAGUGUCGGUUGAAAAGAGAGAUAAGGUCAUCAGGUUCGUGACAUAAAUUUAUACUAUUCUUCUAGAACCUUGGUCAGAAAUCUGUAUGAUUAUCAUCGAUCCCAAGUGUUUGAUGCCAUCAUAAACGAAUAUACAAAUUGGGAUGAACCCUCGGUAUGUUAUAAUAGAUGCAACCAUAUAUUUAGAAUCACUCUCGAACAACCCGAGACUCCCUUCUUCAUCUUCUGGGCGAUGUUUUAUUCGUUUCUCCAUUAAUUGAGACCUUGAGAAUGCAUUCCACAGAUGAAGCCCCAAAAGUUGCCAAUACAUUCUUGCAAGUUUUACCUUACAAUUAUAGAAUUCGGAUUUAGUUUCGUGUUCUCACAUGAAACCAAAACCGAGAACGAGCAGAAUGGAAUCCGAGGGGCCAUCUCGGACGAUCAUGUACCUUACAUGCUGGGGUACCCUUUGAUCGAAACAAAUGAAAGAAAUGUAAGAUUGUUACAAAAAAUUGAGUACCUUUCACUCAUUUUACUUUUCUGACAUAUUUUUAUGUCACCAUUUAGAUCUUCUAUGGGUUUUCUGAGAAGGACAAGGACAUUUCCAAAGUCAUGAUGACUCACCUGUCCAAUUUUGUAAAGUCUGGGUGGGUGAAAUUAAAUAUUUACUUAUUUAUUUUUUUUCACAUGCAGCGAUCCGUCAAAACCAGUGUCUUUUUCCACGCAAACUACUAUCGAAGACCGGUUUCACAGCUUACCUUGGCCCCAAUUCAGCCAAUCCACUCGAGAAUCAUACCUGGAAAUAUGUAAGGACCUUCUUUCUGUGCCCUAUAUUCAAUCUAAAUUGCUUCAGCUGAUCGGCCUCGGAUAAAGAACUUCUAUCGCAACUCCUACGCUGGCUUCUGGAGUAGUUAUAUCCCGAGAUUAAACAAAGGAAAGAAGUCCAAGAGCCGAGAAUUGGAUGAAGAACAUCAUUUCUUACCCGAUCAUUUCAAUCGACAGUCCUUUUAUGGCGUUGUGCGACCUUAUUCGAACUUUCACAACGAGCCCUUCCCUCCUCCCCCAAUGCCUCCAACUCCGUUACCCAAAGAUCUCAAGAAACUUAGUACAAGUAAGUACAAAUACACUGACGGACCUGAUCCAGUGGCAAAAAACGUGCUAUUUUGCAUCCGGGAAGUAUCAAAAAAUGUGGCAAAAUGCUUCCCUCUCCAAAUGAAAAAACUUCGUUUUGAAGGGCGCGCUCUUUUUCCUCACAAAAAGAGAGGGCGCGCUUUUGAAAUCUGUGUUUUUUCACUUGGAGAGGGAAGCAUUUUGCCACAUUUUUUAUACUUGCUGGAUGCAAAAUGGUACAUUUUUUGCCACUGGAUCAGGUCCGCCACUGUAUAACCUUAUACGGGCAAUCAAAUUACAGGUGCCGCUCCAAUGUCUUCUGCAACCUCAACAACAACACCUACUGCGUUGAAAGAGAGUAAUUACAAUUACAUUGCGUUGGUUAUCGCAAUUGGAUUCACUUUCUUAGUCCUCAAUACCUGUGUUUAUAUAGCCGUGUACAAAGUGGUAAGUGAAUCGAUCAAUUGAGACGACUUUUCAGUGCCGGAAUAAGAAAGACGAUGGAAAGAAGCGAAUGCCCUACUCCCCGUAUACAAGUGCCCAUGGGAACCCCUCGGAAGUGACUUACAUCCCCAACACUCCCUUCAGUCAACAGGUAACCCCUCACCCCGUUAACCAUGUUCAACAUUGCCGUGAUUUUGCAGUUAUUACCUCCCUCACAGACAGCUCUAACAGGCCCCGAUUUACCUCCAAUGCCUUCUCGAAAUCCCUCGCGAGACGAGACCUCGAGGGCAUCUAGUUUUGCUUACGAUUCCUCCGCCAAUUCUAUCCGACAUCAGCAUUUACCCUCAGGCGGUUAUCAUGAAGGACCAAGUGGGUUUACAGGGUAAUAUUAAGAAGGAUUGCCUACUUUCAGAUAACAUCCAGCAGAAGUUCAGUAUUCAAGAACAGGUGUGUAAAUAUUAACACUCUAACAAGGCUGUUUUUGCUCUAAUCAUUACUUUUUAUGGCUUCAAAGUACCAACAAUUCUUAGUUUACUUAUUUUCUUCGUUCAGGAGCCUCUGUUAGCCGGGAGUUCCAAGAGUUCGACCCCGGCCUUAGUCAGACCAGGGAUAUCCCCCACUUGUCCCAGACACGGAAAAGCAGCUCAAAUGAUGGUCUCCCAAAGCAGGGCGAACUCGGUUGGAACUUCGAUGGUAGUUACCCCCCAUGGAAACCAUUUCAACAACAACACCGCCCCCACUCUCGAGGAAGUUCAAGUCUAA